GCGAGGACUGCAGCAUUUCCUUCGAGGCAGAGCGUGCUCGGAAAGAGGAGGAAGUCGAAAAAUAUAGGACACCGAAUUAAUAAAUACGUUAGAAUAUGAGGAAUAUGUCAAUGAGAUUUACGGUCUAACAAGGGACAGUGGUUGGUCUCACAACUACCUAAAAACCUUCGGGUUUACCUCAAUAAUCCGAAUUUGAAAUUACACCACCCGCUACUCAGCAUAACUGUCCCCUCGCCAUACUUCGAGUUGAAAGACGAACGGGGACGAGAUAAAUUUCGGAAUAGGUUUAGCUACCUAAUAUUUACAUUGUAAAUUGGUAUUACAAACUUGAUAACUAUAAACGUUAAGGUGGUGGAAGGUCUCAAGAAAAGGUUUUAGCGAGCUAGUUUGUUUCAAAUAUUCGUCACGAGAACUUGAGAUUCUCUGAGAAAAGUUGUUCGACGUCCACGAGCCGUCAGAGGCCUGUGGUCGAGGCUGCAUGCAGUAGACACCAUCGGCGUGUAGUGUCGGUGACAUAAACAACAAACAUGUCGGCCCAAGCGCAAAUGCGAGCAAUGUUGGACCAGUUGAUGGGCACAAGUAGAGAUGGUGAGUAAACGACAAGCUACAUUGUUUCAGAGGAAAUGUUUCUAACUAGUUGUUAUCAUGCUAGCUGACGUUAGCUAGCUAAGCUACCUUAGCCUGGGGACCAAUGGCUGAACGCUAACGCCAGCUAGCUACUUGUUGUGUUCACAGUAAAGUAAACACAAGGAACAUUCCGUUUCAUACCUUGUCACAUUGUUGACGUGUGCUAGCUGGGAUAUUGCUGGCCCACGAGAUGCUAUUACUGACUGGCUGCAGGUAACGUUGGACAGAUAGCUAGAUGUACUGUAGCAAGCUAAGCUAGUUUUUGUUUCAGGAAUGAAUGAUCCACAUGGGCAUCCGCACCCACCGUAAUCAGAAUUUUGGAUAAUAAAGGUGUCUGGUAUGCACACAGCUAUUGUUUCUUGAGAUUUACAUGACUUUGCUCAACUCACCAACUCUCUCCCCUUGUCUGAUUUAUUUUCGUGUAGGGGACUCCAUGCGCCAGAGAAUCAAAUUUACAGAUGAGCGGGUCUGCAAGAGUCAUUUGCUGGACUCCUGUCCUCACGACAUUCUCUCCGGCACUGUGAGUACAUGACAUAUUACUUAGUCCAGGGGAUCUCAAACUUUUUUGGGGCGCGACCCUAUUUUUAUAAAUAUAAAAAUUCCCCGACCCCAUCAUGUGGAAGAAAGUGACAUAAUCAACGGCCAAUGUUAAACUUUUUAAAUUGGUGCUUAGACAGUCUAUUACAAAUCAGUACUUUUGACAGUAUUUAAAUAUGAAGAAAGUAUGGUUCGAAGUAUUGGGAAGUUCAGAAAAUCAUCAGGCAAUCAUUUUGUAUGAUCUUCUGUGUAGAAAAGAACAUCAUCAUUGAUUAUCUUUUUCCCCCAGUCUGAUUUAGUGCCUGGGCUUGUCCACUCUGUUCUAAUGUGUCCUGCCAUUGUAGAGGGAAACAGAGGAAGCAUACGUGUUCCUGAGAGUCUUAUCUUUCAGUGAUGGGAUCAUAAUAUUUUGUAGCUCAAACGGUUCUAAAGAUGGAGCAACAUUUGUAGGAAGAAAACAGAAACCGCUCUGUAACCCUGGUUAUAUGAAACCAAGCCCGAUUUGUAUUUAUUUCAUUUCGGAGUUCUCUCACUACCCCAUUUUCAAAUCAGGUGACCCCACAUGGGGUCGCGACCCCUAGUUUGGGAAACGCUGUCUGAGUCACAAUGGUCUUGUGUAGUAGCGAUAUAGAACACAAUGUAAAUUGCUCUCCUGGGUACAGGACUUGUAGGUACAUCUUUGAGUGAUUGAUGUAAUUGAUGUUUCUUGUUGUUGUCGUACAGAGAAUGGACCUGGGAGAGUGUGUGAAGGUCCACGACCUGGCCCUCAGGGCUGACUUCGAGAUCGCCUCCAAACAACAGGAGUACUUCUUUGAGCUUGACGUGAGUUACUUUGGAGUGUCACGUACCUAGUAUACAUGUUUAGCACACACACAUUUUGUUUCCUCUGCAUGCAAGCUCCAUGUGAUCUGUUGAUCAAUGGAUUGUCUCUUUCUUUCUCUCUCUUUCUUUCUCUCUUUUUCGCUCCCUCUUUUUCUUUCCUUCUGUUUUAUGUCUUGCUCCAUGUGAUAUCUAUUUUUCCUCUCAGAUCUGGCGAUGUUUAACCCUCUCCUCGUCAUCCCCUCUCACCGCAGGCUGCUGAGCACCUUCAGUCGUUCAUCGCUGACUGUGACCGCAGGACUGAGCUAGCUAAGAAGAGACUGGCUGAGACGCAGGAUGAGAUCAGCGCUGAGGUCGCCGCCAAGGUGACCGACCCCUGUUCUUUGUCUUACUUAGAUAGUUCCCCACAUGGUCAUUAGGUGAAUUAACACUUUAUAGUUGGAAUUCGAUUCCAUGGUAUGUGUUGUUUUUCUAGAUGAAUGUAGCUGACAUUUCAAAAAAUGACAUUUCAACCAUGUAUAAGAAACUAAUUAAUAAUAAUAUAAAUAAUGUGAUUGCCUGUCACUUUGUUGCUCUGGUUGUCACCGUGUCAUAAUUCUAACACUUUCUCUCUGGAAUCAACAGGCUGAGCGGGUCCACGAGCUGAACGAGGAGAUCGGUAAGCUGCUGGCCCGGGCGGAGCAGCUGGGGGGCGAGGGGUAAUGUGGAAGAGGCACAGGAGGUCCUGGAGAAGGUGGAGAAGACUCGCGCAAUGAAGAAAGAGGCAGAGGUCAGUGGACAGGGGGUCAAGGAGAUACCCGACAUGUGGUCACAACCAAUCAUAGCAGCUCUGAUUUGUACUGGGAUUAAAUAAAGAUUAACAACUCGUUUUUUGUUGAAAUAUACAAACCUGUUUCAGCAAAGCCUCUUAGAUGUUUUUAACAGACAGGUAUAUGAGGAAUUUCAUGUGUGCAACUCAAAAUAUAUCAAAACAGUCAGUCAUCAGUCAUUUGAAAGUGUGGCAGGCAUUUGUGUACUAUGUCCUAAUAUUAACAUUAGUCAUCAACACAGCAGCAUACUCACUAAGAACUGUGCGGUGUGUCCUAGUUCUAAAAUCAGUCUGGUGUACUGUUGCUUUCUCCCAGGACGUAUACAGAAACUCGAUGCCGGCGUCCAGCUUCCAGCAGCAGAAGCUCCGGGUGUGCGAGGUGUGCUCCGCCUACCUAGGUCUCCAUGACAACGACCGCCGCCUGGCCGACCACUUCGGAGGUAAACUGCAUCUGGGAUUCAUUGAGAUCCGGGAGAAGCUGGAAAAGCUACGGGUGAGACACACACAUAACAGUAGUCAGAACCUAGUAGGAUAUCACUAGUUAUGUAGACGUUUACAUUGCUUUUCAGGAAGUGUAAACCUGAGCUGUCUGAGUACAGUUGUUGCUAUGGAUUACAUGUUGUUGUUUUUUCCUGCUACAGAAAGCAGUUGUGGAGAAGCAAGAAGGAAUGCGAAUGAGAAGAAGGGAGGAGCGUGAAAAGGAGGAAGAGAGAGCGAAGGAGUGGGAGCUGGAGCGAGAACGAGAGAGGGAAAAGGAGCGAGAGCGUGAAACCGAACGUGUACGGGAGAGGGAGAGAGAAAGAGAAAGAGAGAGGGGAGAGAGAGAACGCCGGAGGUGAUCUAAAUCUGACUUGUUCCCAUCUUCAGUUCAGACAUCAAACAAAUGCUUUGAAAUGCUCAUUCUCUUGUAUUUUAACAAUCCACUUUUAUGUAUUUUUUUUACAGGUCAAGAUCAAGAAGCGGUGAACGAUACCGGGAGGGAGGCAGCUCAUCCUCCCAUCGCUCGAGACGACACCGCUCCUCUCGCCCCCGGGAGGAGGGAGGAGGAGAGCGGGACAGGGAAAGGGAACGUAAGCAUAGACACAAGGACAGGCAUCGCUCGAGCUCCCACUCUCACAGGAGCAAGAGGAAGAGGUGAGGCCUGAGCAGACAGACAGGAACACUGACUUGAUACUUAGAAAAUGGCACAUAGCCAUUAUGUCACACUAAAAUCAGGCGGCAACUAGAAGAAAACUGAAUGAAACGGGGAGGUACUACCUUUAAUUUACCUUUAUUUUACCAGGUUACCUGAACAACAACAAACAGUGUUUUCUUUUUCUGUGGCAAAAUGUUUUGCUACGCUGUGCCCUAAUGAACACGACCCAGCUCUUUCCCAACAGAUUGUUUGGGUUGAUUUUGUUUGUCUGUCAUCAGGUGCUUGAUCUUUGUACCAAUGCCUGAUCUGUUUCCUUCUACCCAGGUCUUCCAGGGACAGAUCCUCACACACCCGAGACCGAGAACCCCGCUCCCCGUCUCAGCGCUCUCCGUCUGGCCGUUCACCCUCAGGGCGCUCCCCGUCCCAGGAGAGAUGGAGGGAGAGCGGAGGAGAGGGACCACCCCGCUCCCGGGAGCAAGACGACAGGCCCGAGCCCAUGACCAGGGAAGACAGGGAGAGGUCCACCUCUCCAGAGAUGAUGGCCAGGGGGAGAGAAAGAGAGAGAUCUCUGUCGCUAGAGAGGGAUAGACGUUCCAGCUCAGACGGAGAGAGGGAGUCGGGGGAGAUAUGAUAUAGAGGGGGACAUCCGAGGUCAUGUUAGAGCAGAGGGGGGUUUAGAAAGAUUGAGCAACAGCCGGUUCUAAUGGGCUCCUUACCCCUUCACCUCAGCCAUAACUCUUAGAUGUUUGCAGAUCUAGAAGAUGGAAGCAAUAUGGUGGAAGUGGAAGCUACACUGCUUAUACCUAUCCAGACCUUUCAGAUCAGCAAUCAUCGAAGGUUUAGGGCUAGGUGGGAGGGAGUGAAUUGGGACUGGCUGGGAGGGUGUGUGUGAGUAUGUGUGUUCAUUCAUGUUGAAGUGGGACAUAUAAAUUGGGAGGGGGGGCGGCGAGGACAAAUUGGGACAAGGAAAUCAGGAUAAGAGGUCAGGAUGGGAAGAAGUAGCAUGCGAAGAUAGUUGGUGGGGCUUUCAAUUGGGAUGAAUGGGAAAGACCUUGAACGAAAGGAAGGAAGUUGGCCUGGGAGCAACACUUUAUUUCAUGUAAUAAUUGGGACGGGGGUAGUAGAGGAGAGAGAUGGAAGUUCUGCCCAUUUAAACCUUAUUUUAUUUUAGAAAUGCUGUUCUGUUUUUACCAUCAUAUGAUCUACAAUGUUGAUGCUGUUGUCGUUUUCUGGGUUCCAACAGGGAUCCAAAGAUCGGUUUCACAUGGAGGAGCGUGUAUAGCGUGUAUAACUUAGAUUUAUACACAAACAUAAAAAAUACAGUGACGAACAACCACAUCCUUUGAAAGAUAAAGAGUACCACUUAAGACUCUUCGCACUGAUACGGACAUGUAGAAUUCAAUAUGAUUGACAACGUACACAAGCAUUUUACAUACUGUUACUUUACUGGUAUUCAGCAGAAACCCAUGAACAGACACACACACUUCAGCAGAAACCCAUGAGCAGACACACACAGUCCUUUUGCUGUGAGACAAGGUGGAUGUUUUGGGGAAUCUACCUUGCUGUGCCAUCUACUACAAAGUUAAUAAAAGUC